CUGCUGGACCUGUUUCUCCAGUGGGACUGGUCGACGUACCUGGCCGACUACGGGCAGCCCACCUGCAAGUACCUUCGGGUGAACCCGACGACCGCCCUGGCCUUGCUGGAAAAGAUGAAGGACACCAGCCGCAAGAACAAUGUCUUCGCCCAGUUCCGGAAGAACGAGAGGGACAAGCAGAAGCUGAUCGAGACGGUGGCCAAGCAGCUGCGCAGCCUCAUCAGCAGCAGCCACCACUCGUGA